CUUCACCAACACAAAACCUGCGACAACUGAGAUGCUGUGGCAGUUUCUCCCAACUUGAAGCACAACUAACAUCGCGCUUUGCGAUCCAAUAUCGGUCUUCCCCUCUGUGACCAAAUAUCAAAGGUUGGGGUUUGUCACACUGCAACGAGCAAAUCUGGACCGCAUAAUAUAUGCGACUUCCCCGUGCACGUGUCAUACGACCAAAGCUUGACCAAGAACGCGCCCCGAGCAAACCCCAGCUGUUUCUAUCAAAGCUAUCGGCAUGAUUCACUGAGUCGAUUAUUCCUACUUCGUCUGUAGAUGCACGUUUCAACGCCGUUUUAAUAGCAGUUGGAUUUAGGAGAGACUUCUCGCAACGUCGAGUCAAACCCACCUCAGCAAAGACGUUCAUCAUGGCGCCUCCAGAGGUUGAUAAGGUUACUAACGGCAAGCCCGUUGAAACCUCACAAGACAAACCGAAGACACAGUUUGAAAAGAAAAAGGCAAGCAAACCACGGCGGGGCUACUUUCGCUGGUCACUAGCUCUCAUUGUGAGAUUAUUUGUUUGGUACACCGUUCUCACGCCCUUCCUUCGCUGUCCAUCGAAUAUCUCUGAAUUAGAUGAUUCUUCACCGCGCGUAUGCAAGCCAUACUUGAUUGCUCGAACAUAUGUGGAACCUCAUGUCGAACCCUACUAUCAAGCUUACGCAGCUCCAUAUGUUGACCUGGCCCGACCUUACGCCCAAACCUUCAAUGAACGCGUGUAUACCCCCGUAUCCAAAGUCGCAAUAGAUGGCUACCGUUCGUAUGGCGCUCCUGCUUUGGCGCGAGCAGGCGACUACGUCCAGCAGCAGUGGGAAGCGGUUGUAGUACCGCAAUUGAAAUCCGCCCAGACAAAGGCAAACAGUUUUUACAAAAAUAGCGUUGAUCCUCAUGUGCAGAAGGCGAUUCUCGUGGUGACACCAUAUAGCAAUGCUCUCACCAACACGGCCGCUCAAUUACAAGAGGAGUAUUUAUUGCCUAUAUAUACCCGCUCGAAACCUUAUCUAGGGCACAUCUCUUCUUCUGGUCAGGAAUUCUUUGUGGGAACCGCAGUGCCUUUGGCCCAUCGAAGCUGGUCCUCUCUUACCGUCUUUGUUAGGGGCAACUUGCUCCCAACCAUUACUGGUUUGUACAGCGAGAAUGUGGAGCCACAGCUUGUCAAGAUCGGCGAAAGAUUAGCUUCUUAUCGGGAAGGAAGGAAGCUAAGAACAGUCGUCGAUGAGUUCGAAACCCCACCCGAAACAUCAAGCUUAGGAGCUGUAACAUCAAUCCAGAAAUCUGCCGAUGAAACACAUUCAACAGUCGCUCCAAGCCCUGUGGUUCAAGAAACUGAAGCAAGCGUAUCUCCACCAAUUGAGCAGCAAACCCGGGUUUCUCGGGAACAAAUAUCCUCCGAUUUGGACCUAUGGCAAAAGAAGUUUGCCGCUGCCGCUGACCAAGGAAUCGAGGAUUUGAGCCAGCGUAUUGAGCAAAUUGUGGACAGUCAAUUGGAAAGCGGAGCCAAGAAACACGCGACUGCUUUGGUCGAGGCAUUGGUGACCAUACGAGAUCACGAACUCUCCGACAUCAAAACCCAGAUUAACAAAAUCAUUGGAACAAUGUCCCCUUAUGAAGCCCCUGAAGAAGAAGAAAAGGCGAAUGAGGAUCUUCUCCGCCUGAUCCGAGGCGCAGGAGUUACAAUUAGGGAUCGUGCACACGCACUAAGAGAAUGGUACAAGAGUUUUGAAGAGGAACUGGCUCGUAGGGUAGCUAGUGCUACAGACUCCACCCUCGAUGUUCUAGACGGUAUCCGUGAUCUUGGAUUGCAAGAAAUCGGCAUACGAUGGGCUGCGGCGGAGGGCAUAACCUAUAAGGAUUGGGAGAAACACCAUGCUUUGAGAAAGCAGUUUGACAAUUGGCGGGAUAAGGUCUCGCAUGCAGGUUUGAACCAUGCAAAAAUCAAUGAAGCUAAAGAAGUAGCCGGUGAUAUUCUUUCCGAAGGGAUGGCUAUUGCUGAAGAUGCUGCCAAAGAACUGUCCCGACUCAAGGAAGUCGGGAAGUGGAAGAUUCAGGCAAGAGAAGUCGGUGCAAAUUUCGAGGACCGAACCGAACCUCCCCCACCACUACCUAUGCCCGAAGAGGAGGCCACAGAAGAGGAGGUCAUAGAAUCCGAUGAUGAACCAGCUUUUGUUGAUGAUUCUGAUACAAUUAAACCCAAUGAGCCAUCUGUGUCUCAGCCUUCAGACGAUAAUGAUACCGAGUUUGUGGUAGCGGGAACAACCACUAUACAAAUUGAGUUGGCUGAGAAGACACCCUCCGCCGAUGACAGCACAUCUGUUCACUUUGUUGCAGAAGAAUCGGUUGCGGAAGAAUCUAGCGAAGAACUUGAUUUUGAGGAGGAAAGCAGCAGCGUGCCCAUCAGUUCUAGCAAAGUUUGGGGCGGAGUUGCUGCUCAAGUCGUGGCAAACCAGAAGCCAAUAAUGGAAGACUCCUUCGAUGAUGAUGAGCAUGCCAUUGAGACCAGUGGCGGGUCCUUGGAAUUCAUCUCCUCUAUUGCCUCUUCCCGCCUACAAGAGGGAUUGAAUGCUGCUUCCUCACAAUUUGCCGGUCUUAAAGCAUCUAUUGUACCCACUCAGUCAUUUCCUCAGAACCCUGUCAUCCUUGAUGCUCAGCGUCGCUAUUAUGAAGCUAUCGGCAUGGCUCAUGAUCAUUACACGUCUUUUGUUGCCUCUGCGUCUGAAGCUGUUUUUGCAACUCCCACGCCGCCGCCAUCGCCAGAGCACAUUCAAGCUGUUUUAGAAGAUGCAAUCAGUCAAUUCCACCAAGUAUCUUCACUGGCGUCUUCUAGCCUUACCGCUGUCAUCGCGUUUGCUAGCUCAGUCGAAGCAAAGGGCGGAGACAGAGGCCGUCCCAUCCUUGAUGAUGCAAUAUCAAAAUACACCAACGCAAUAUCAGCGGCUUCGGCGUCCCUCGCGUUGGCUACAGACUACGCUAACUCGGCUCUCUAUUCUGAACCAACAUCCCGAUCGUGGGAGGAUUUAGUUUCACAAGCCAGUGAGCACAUAUACAGUUCACCAACGCCCUUUACCCAGCAAUUUCAUGACCAGCAAGGAUCACGCUUCGAGGCUGUUGAAAGCUACGUAUCCGAACUUGUUUUUGGUAAAGAACCCGACUUCACUGAGAGCGUGAUGAGUAGAUUGCGCUCUGCAUACGAAACCCCAUUCCCUGAAGCCUUCUCAUCAGCGUCAAAAAUCGGCGAUCAUGCGUCGAAGGUCCAGUCUGAUGCUGGUACCGUGGUUGAAGAAUAUAAAAGCAGCAUCAGCAGCGCAGUGAACGAGGCUAAAGACGAAUUGUAAUAAUUUCGUUUUUUUUUUUUUGGCUUUGAUGUUGAUACAUUUGCGGCAACGAGAACUACUAAAUGACUGAUUUUUGUUAAUAAGAUGAUUGUGGCACGGAAGACUAUCUCCCUUCGCCCUCUUGACGCACAUUUUUUGUUUGUUUGCCAACCUAAUGAUAUCCUUUCGUGCGGUCUCUGCAAAACUUUUGGCUAUGUUUUUAGGGCGUCCAAGAAGAUCAAUUCUCAGGAAGCUUUUGGUAGAAAGACUUCUUGUAUAAUAACGAUAUUUUUCUCGGCGGGUUUCUACACUGUUUCUAGUGACCCUUGGUGUUCCUACUUCUGAUAUUCCGUUUCAUCUUCCCUCUUAUGUUGUUAUGUUGCUAUGAAACUUAGCUUACUGUAACCGUCAAUGGUGGCAAUCGUUACAGAUUCGUAUUUGGAUUUUAGAUAACAGAUUAAACCGUCAGUAAUCUAUAUGUAUAUCGACA